UUCAGCCCAGCAGCUCAAAGAGCGAGAGCAGAUGGCUGACAUGUCACAGAGCUGUGACAGAUCAGGGGGGGCUGCAGGGUGACACUCAGGAGACCUAUAGACCAACUACACUGUCAGCAGGGACCCCAACACAUAUGGUCCCUGAGUGCUGUUAAUGAGAGUCACAGUAGAGCAGAGGAUGAUUGGGAUAGGUAGAGGUGUUGUCACAUUCUCCAUAUGCUUAGCAUGCAUGAUCCUCACUGACCUUAGAGGGCUCAGGUAGUGGUGUUAUUAUAUGGUUCACAUGAUCCUCACUCACUCUAGACUAGAGGGCUUAUCAGGGGUGUAAAGGACAAGAUCUGGAGGGCAUAGAUUGUUAUGUAGAAUACAAGAGCUGCCUCCUGCAGUUCAGUUUGUCUUUUAAACAAAACCAUAAUUCACUCAAACACACAAACACACAAAAAGUGAUUAGUGAGUUACUGUUGAUAUAAUGUGCCAGGCUCCCUGUCAGUCAGAACUCUGUGGCUCUGCUGCCGAGCUGUGAGAGUGACAGUGUAGACGUGUGCUAUUACACACUGUCAAGAGAGGGAGGGACAAAGCACGAGGAGGGUGUUGGUGAUGUCAGAGUGUUGUUGUAGUUCUGUUUUCGCUGGCCGCACACUCCCCUCUUUCCUCCCUCCCUCCCUCCCUCCCUCCCUCCCUCCCUCCCUCCCUCCCUCCCUCCCCUCCCCUCCCCUCCCCUCCUCAAUCCCCCUCCCCUCCCCUCCCCUCCCCCUCCCCUCCUCCAUCCCUCCUCCCUCCCUCCCCUCCCCUCCCCUCCCCUCCCCCUCCCCUCCUCCAUCCCUCCUCCCCCUCCCCCUCCCCUCCUCCAUCCCUCCUCAAUCCCCCUCCCCUCCCCUCCCCUCCCCUCCCCCUCCCCUCCUCCAUCCCUCCUCCCCCCUCCCCCUCCCCUCCUCCCCCUCCCUCUGCAGUAUACGUGCACACAUUCAGAGCAGCAGGUGGCGAUGACAUCAUCUGCACUGCAGCACACUGCAGCACUGGGUCUGAACAAAGACAUGUCAGCUAGCCUGGUGCUGCCGCUAAGUCCUCUCCUCCUGCCUCUGCCACCGUUUCUCUUUCCCCCUCUCUCCCUCUCUCGUCCUCCCUCUCUCAGAGAGCAUAACCCUGGUGCCUAGACAUGCUACAGGUCUGUGACCUACCUAACCCCCUCUCACCCAUUCCUUCCCUCUCCUACCACUAGGGUAUAGGCUGGCUGACGCACCUCUGCAGCCCUCAUCAUCACCUUGCCCUUAGCCACCUAUGGAGAGGUGAUGAAAGGUAUCACUGUUGGGGUUUGUAAUUUAACAGUGUCUGCGAUGGCUGGUGACAGGAUGAGCGCUGUGAAGAGACACAAGGAUGGUGUGUGGGAUAAACGUCCGUUUGCUAUUUUCUAACUACCACACAUCAUCAGGAAUAGCAGUAAUUUACUGGCCAUUGAUUGUAUGUUUUUUCUUGUAACAGUAACAAUUACUUGACCUGUUUUUAGAUUGACUUAUAGGGAACCCAAGCAUGACAUUCAUUCUCCGAUGAGUGGAGUGCUUCUGCCUUCGACUGACUGCCAAGAUACGGCAGUAGUGUAAAUGUCACAGGGUCCAUGCUGUGGUGGCUCCCCGCUUAGGAAGUUAAUUACUGCAGUGUCCCCUCUGGAAAAAGAAAAUAUCUACGAACAUUAUUAUAACAUAGUGAUGGAGAAUUACAUAUAUAUCAUAUUUUUUUCCAUUGUGUGCUUUUCUGCCCUGUUAUUUUCUUGCCCUCCCAUUCAUCAAUAAGUCAAUGCCGCAGGAAGGAAAAAACCAUACACACACAGGCAUGUUCCUGUCGCUUAGUUACCCGGCAGCAGGUUGCCACAGAAACGGCCUCACAGUGGCUAAAUGAGGAAUGCUAAUGCAGUGUUCCACACUCCUGCUGCAGUGGGCUCACUGUCUGGGCAUCACACCCCACUGUCUGUGCACAGCAGUCUGUGUGGGUGUAUGCGAGUGUGUGUGUGUGUGCGUGUUUGAGCAUAGAGUUCUCUCCUCUAGUGCGGCAGGUAGCCUAGUGGUUAAGAGCGUUUGGCCAGUAACUGAAAGGUUGCUGGUUCGAAUCUCUAGCUGACUAGUUGAAAAAUCUGCCGAAGUGCCCUUGAGCAAGGCACUUAACCCCAAUAGCUCCUCUAAGUUGCUCUGGGUAAGAGCAUCUACUAAAGUGUGAAAAAUAAUGUGGUGUAAUAGAUUAACUACAAGUCAGAUUGAAGCUCUUGAGAGUGUUUAAAGGGACCUCUAACACAGAGUGCAGUCUUGCUUCUUACUCUACCCAUUUGACAACUUUUUUUUUCUCCAAUUAGUCCUCAUCAUUUGGUUAUACUUUUGUGGCUUCAAGCAUAAAAUACAUUGUAUGCAUGCAGUUUUCUGUAUGAGUGCAAUUCAUUCUUAUGACAUUCAGCACUUGUAAAUUACUCAGCAUUGAUUAUGUUUUGGACAGUAAUUCCAGAAGCAUUUUGUCCAGUCAACAUUUUGUGGAUCUGUUGGUUAACACUGCGGAUGGUUGGAAACCUGUUUGCCAGCAGCAUUUAGAAACUGGGCAGCCUAAUAGUCUCUGUCUUGAUCUAUGAAAAGCCUGCUUUCUCAAGGACUAUGGACAGGCGCUUGUUGAUUGAUUUUGUACAGUGGCUCUCAGCCAUCCUACCAUAUAGGCCAAUGGAAUGUUGUGGGGCAGAACACACAGGAAUGAGAAACCUUGGUCAUAAUAUACUAGAGUUAGUUCGGAGUGAGGGUUCAUCUGCAGACUCCCCUCAGAGUGUGUCUAAGGCCCUGUGUCUGUGUGUGUGUGUGUGUGUGUGUGUGUGUGUGUGGUUAGACAUGUUGUGUGGUUAGACAUGUUGUGUGGCUGGACAUGUUGUGUGGUUAGACAUGUUGUGUGGCUGGACAUGUUGUGUGGUUAGACAUGUUGUGUGGUUAGACAUGUUGUGUGGUUAGGCAUGUUGUGUGGCUGGACAUGUUGUGUGGUUAGACGUUGUGUGGCUGGACAUGUUGUGUGGUUAGACAUGUUGUGUGGUUAGACGUGUUGUGUGGUUAGAAAUGUUGUGUGGCUGGACAUGUUGUGUGGUUAGACAUGUUGUGUGGCUGGACAUGUUGUGUGGUUAGACAUGUAAUGUGGUUAGACAGUACACAAUCUCAUACUGUAUGCCAUGUGGUUACUUAUAGACUUUCUGUACCAUAUGACACUAGUACUACUAACCAGGGAUCACUGAUAUGUGUUGACCAAAUGGUGCUGACGUGUGUGUAUGUGUCUGUGUUACAAAGUUCUUCCAAUUUAUACAGAUGCCUUUAUAGGUACCAUAUGGCAGUGCAGUACUAACUGGGUGUCACUGAUGACCAUAUAUUAUACUGUAAGUCCAUGGAUGCUGACGUGUGUGUUAUGUGUCUAUGUUGCAGAUAACCAGUUCAGAAUGUCCAUCCUGGAGCGCCUGGAGCAGAUGGAGAGACGGAUGGCAGAGAUGGCCUCCCAUCACCAGCAGAGCAGUGGAGGAGGUGCAGGGGCAGGAGGAGGAGCAGGCGGAGCAGGUGGUGGAGGAGGAGGAGGUGGUGGUGGUAACAACAGCCAGACACAGGUAAAGUACAUCAUACAAUAGGAAAUGUGCUAUUUAAUUGUAUGUACUGGAUUUGGUAGAUAUUUGGCUUAUAGAGGACAACAUGGAAAGAACAUACUGUAUGUUUCCGUUUUUUUAGGUAAAGUGUUGUAAAGUGUUGGUGUUGUAGUUUAAAGUAACCCUUGUUGUGUUUGUAUUUGUUGUCAGUGUGUGUCAGCGCAGGGUCAGGCGGGCAGCAGCUUUGAGAGCCGUGUGGUGGUGGUGUGUGAGAAGAUGAUGAACCGGGCCUGCUGGGCCAAGUCCAAACAGCUGAUCCACUCCAAGACCUUCAGGGGCAUGACCCUGCUUCACCUGGCUGCUGGGCAGGGAUACGCCACCCUCAUCCAGACACUCAUCAAGUGGCGGUGAGUGAGAACCUCAGAGGCCUCUUAUUGACUGGUUAUAAAAGUAAUGUUAAUAUACAGUACAGAGAGACCCUAGGACCUAGGAAUGUCUAUUAUGGAACUAGUUUAAGACCAUAAAAUACUAUAUUAAAAAGUUGUCAAUAAAGCAUGGAUCUAUCUAUUUUAGCCAGAGUUUAGUCUGGGAGUCUCAGUGUUCUUCUCUACCCCCACCAGCACCAAGCAUGCAGACAGUAUUGACCUGGAGCUGGAGGUGGACCCACUCAAUGUGGACCACUUCUCCUGCACCCCUCUGGUAAGUUAUAGAGAGCUUUAUCUCAUGAAACCACUGCAGGGGUCUUCCAUAAAGUCUUUCAUAAAGACUUCACUUGUAAGAUUAUAUUUUCCAAGAAAGUAAAGUUACUACAGGCAUGCUAGAGCCAUCCCUCUGUGUCCUCUGACCUGCGACCUCUGACCUGUGUCCCUGCUGUGUUCUCUGUAGAUGUGGGCGUGUGCCCUGGGUCACCUGGAAGCGGCAGUGGUCCUGUAUAAGUGGGACCGGCGGGCCCUGGCCAUCCCUGACUCUCUGGGACGUCUGCCCCUGUCCAUCGCCCGCUCCCGUGGCCACACCAAGCUGGCCGAGUGUUUGGAGCAGCUGCAGAGAGAGGAACAGCAGCCUCCUGCACCCCUGCCCCCCACCACACGCAUGUCCUUCUCCCCCACCCCCCACGACGCACCCACCUCAGACAGCUGGAUGGUCACAUGGGCCAGCGACAGCGUUAUGGCGCCCGGCGGAAAGAAAGGCGGCGCCGCCACCAUGACCACCUCCACCACCACCAACCUCAACCCAGGUCAGUGCAGACUGAAGGAGAGGGAAUAACAGAGGCACCACACUGGUAUCAGUGGGGAAAAUGGGCAAUGGAAAAUACCUUUAGACAACAAAGUUUUGUUAAUAUAGUUUGUUUAAAUGUCUCUAAAAUAGUAUCUUGUAACCCUUCUGCAGACUUGAGAAGGCCGCGAUCCGAGCCCUCCAACUACUACAGCAGUGAGUGCCAGCGAGACCUGCCCUUGGCCAAGAAACACAAGCCCAAUCCAGAGCUGUUCCAGGUCAGGCCCGACAAGGCCAGGUCUGUCCCACUGAGCCUGGAGCAACAGCAGCUCCACAAGCUGUCCUUCAGCCCCAAGACCCUGUCCCCUGAGGGCCUCAGCCCAGACAAGAGCCUCUCCAGUGGGGGAAGCGCUGGAGGAGCCGGGGGAGCCAAGUGGAGCUCUAGGGAGGGUUUCUCCAGCAGGGACUCAGGCAGGAAGGGUUCAGGGGGCUCUGGGGGCAGCAGCCUGGGGAAGGAGAAGCUGGCUAGCAGGCUAAGACAGAGGGAACAGCUGGGGAACAUGCUGGUGAUGGCUGAGAGAGAGAUGGUGGACACUGAGCUGUUCUCCUACAGAGAAGACCUGGAGAACCAGGACUGUAUGACGCAGAUGGACGACCUACAGGUCAGUGAACUCACCCUACUCUCUACUGUCUCUUUAUUCAAGUCUACUAUUUAUCAUACGUUUACUAGAGAUAGUUACUGUACUUUUUACCAUGUCUUUAGUCAAGACAGUUACUCUACUGUUUACCACUCACUCCACUGCCAACCCUGUCCAUCGGCCUGCUCAUUGCACUUACAUUCACACUAGUUUACCAGACAACUAUAUCUGUAGGAUGUCAUAAUAUCAACAUCAAGUCUAUCGAUCUGGACUGCCAGUUAAUAAACAUGACAAGAAGAUUGAGAUUGACCGCCUGCAGCUCUGUUGGGCCAUGCCACUGGAUGCCCUGACAUGUGAAAUCAACAUACACACACAAACACAGACACACACGCAGACCCUAGACCUCCCUGGCAGUGUGUGGACCUCCCACAGCCAAGGGAGCCUUCUGCCAUCCAUCACAGUCACACUGCUACUGAGGCUGAGGCUGAGGGUGAGGCUGAAAUGAGGCUGAGACUGGGAGAUGAGGCUGGGAGAUGAGGCUGGGAGAUGAGACUGGGAGAUGAGGCUGGGAGAUGAAGCUGGGAGAUGAGGCUGGGAGAUGAGACUGGGAGAUGAGGCUGGGAGAUGAGGCUGGGAGAUGAGUCUGGGAGAUGAGUCUGGGAGAUGACUGGGAAAUGAGUCUGGGAGAUGAGUCUGGGAGAUGAGACUGGGAGAUGAGGCUGGGAGAUGAGGCUGGGAGAUGAGGCUGGGAGAUGAGUCUGGGAGAUGAGUCUGGGAGAUGAGGCUGGGAUAUGAGACUGGGAUAGGAGGCUGGGAGAUGAGGCUGGGAGGUGAGACUGGGAGAUAAGGCUGGGAGAUGAGCCUGGGAGAUGAGGCUGGGAGAUGAGGCUGGGAGAUGAGUCUGGGAGAUGAGACUGGGAUAUGAGGCUGGGAUAUGAGGCUGGGAUAUGAGCCUGGGAGAUGAGACUGGGAGAUGAGUCUGGGAGAUGAGUCUGGGAGAUGAGGCUGGGAGAUGAGACUGGGAGAUGAGGCUGGGAGAUGAGUCUGGGAGAUGAAGCUGGGAGAUGAGACUGGGAGAUGAGGCUGGGAGAUGAGGCUGGGAGAUUAGGCUGGGAGAUGAGGCUGGGAGAUGAGGCUGGGAGAUGAGUCUGGGAGAUGAGACUGGGAGAUGAGGCUGGGAGAUGAGGCUGGGAGAUGAGGCUGGGAGAUGAGACUGGGAGAUGAGUCUGGGAGAUGAGUCUGGGAGAUGAGGCUGCGAGAUGAGGCUGGGAGAUGAGACUGGGAUAUGAGUCUGGGAGAUGAGACUGGGAGAUGAGACUGGGAGAUGAGACUGGGAGAUGAGGCUGGGAGAUGAGGCUGGGAGAUGAGGGGUAGGAGAUGAGGCUGGGAGAUGAGGGGUAGGAGAUGAGGGGUAUGAGAUGAGGGGUAGGAGAUGAGGCUGGGAGAUGAGGGGUAGGAGAUGAGGCUGGGAGAUGAGGGGUAGGAGAUGAGACUGGGAGAUGAGGGGUAGGAGAUGAGACUGGGAGAUGAGGGGUAGGAGAUGAGGCUGGGAGAUGAGGGGUAGGAGAUGAGACUGGGAGAUGAGGGGUAGGAGAUGAGACUGGGAGAUGAGGGGGUAGGAGAUGAGGCUGGGAGAUGAGGGGUAGGAGAUGAGGCUGGGAGAUGAGGGGUAGGAGAUGAGACUGGGAGAUGAGGGGUAGGAGAUGAGACUGGGAGAUGAGGGGUAGGAGAUGAGGCUGGGAGAUGAGGGGUAGGAGAUGAGGGGUAGGAGAUGAGACUGGGAGAUGAGGGGUAGGAGAUGUGGCUGGGAGAUGAGGGGUAGGAUAUGAGACUGGGAGAUGAGGGGUAGGAGAUGAGGGGUAGGAGAUGAGGGGUAGGAGAUGAGACUGGGAGAUGAGGGGUAGGAGAUGAGGCUGGGAGAUGAGGGGUAGGAGAUGAGACUGGGAGAUGAGGGGUAGGAGGUGAGACUGGGAGAUGAGGGGUAGGAGAUGAGGCUGGGAGAUGAGGGGUAGGAGAUGAGACUGGGAGAUGAGGGGUAGGAGAUGAGACUGGGAGAUGAGGGGUAGGAGAUGAGGGGUAGGAGAUGAGACUGGGAGAUGAGGGGUAGGAGAUGAGGGGUAGGAGAUGAGGGGUAGGAGAUGAGACUGGGAGAUGAGGGGUAGGAGAUGAGGGGUAGGAGAUGAGGGGUAGGAGAUGAGGGGUAGGAGAUGAGACUGGGAGAUGAGGGGUAGGAGAUGAGGGGUAGGAGAUGAGGGGUAGGACAGCACAGCAAUAACAAUUAUUGUGAUCGUUAUCAUUAUCAUCACCAACGUCAUUGUCUUGACAUGACUCAUGUUUAAUGUUCAUUGUUUCCUAUAAAUAAUUAUAAACUUGCACACUCAAUACUCAUAAUGUGGAAACAUCUUAGACAAUGAAAAUAAGAAUGCAACAAAAUGUUGUACAGUAACCUAAAAGCAGAGUUUACAAGAAAAUAGGCAAUGAUAUGACAAUGUGCUAAGUGUGUGAUCUACAGUAUACUCAAUCCUGGGUGAUUCUCCCCCUGCAGGAGAACAUGAUGACUCUGGCAGAGCACAUCAUUGAGGCGACCCCAGAGAGGAUCAAGAGGGAGAACUUUGUGGCCCUGGACGGGGUGCCCCUGGACAGUACUGGGGUCAGCAACACCAUGAGCUGGUUGGCCAGUUACCUCGGAGACGUGGAGCAGCUUCCCAGCAUCAUACACCUACGGUGAGCAACACAGCAGAGCCGCACUCUGGACUGAAUGUGAUCUAGGUCUGGUUUCCUGUACGCGGAUUAAGCCUAUACCUGGUCUAAAAAGCAUGCACAAUGGAGAAUUUGUAGGCUUAAUUCUGAUCUGGGAAUCUGACCCUAAAUGUUUUGCAGAAGAUUUCCUGUGCUUGACAUAGCAGUAGUGUAUUGGAACUACACUGAACAAAAUAUAAACGCAACAUGUAGAGUGUUGGUCCGAUGUUUCAUGAGCUGAAACAGAAAAUCCCCCCCAAAAAUCAUAUGCACAAAAAGCUUAUUUAGCUCAGAUUUUGUGCACGCAUUUGUUUACAUCCCUGUUAGUGAGCAUGUCUCCUUUGCCAAGAUAAUCCAUCCAACUGGCAGGUGUGGCAUAUUAAGAAGCUGAUUAAACAGCAUGAUCAUUACACAGGUGCACCUUGUGCUGGGGACAAUAAAAGGCCACUUUAAAAUGUGCAGUUUUGUCACACAACACAAUGCCACAGAUGUCUCAAGUUUUGAGGGAGCGUGCAAUUGGCAUGCUGACUGCAGGAAUGUCCACCAGCGCUGUUGCCAGAGAAUUGAAUAUUAAUUUAUCUACCAUAAGCCGCCUCCAACGCCGUUUUAGACAACCACGUCUAAGCCCACGACCUCCACAUCUGGCUUCUUCACCUGCGGGAUUGUCUGGGGGGGACUUAUUCUGUUUGGCUGGGCCUGGCUCCCCAGUGGGUGGGCCUGGCUGCCCAGUGGGUGGGCCUAUGCCGUCCAAGUCCCACCCAUGGCUGCACCCCUGCUCAGUCAUGUGAAAUCCAUAGAUUAGGGCCUAAUUCAUCUUUUAAAUUGUUGCAUGUUGCGUUAAUAUUUUUGUUCAGUAUAUAUCUUCUAAUAACAACGCUUAGCUGACUACAUUUUAAACUGUCACCUCCAUCAACCGCCCCUCCCUCUCCCUCUCCCCUUACAGAUCUCUGUACAGUGAGCCUCUGACUUUGUCCUCCAAUCCCAGCCUCAGCCCAGGGGGGUCUCCCCUGAGGGAGGGGCCCAUGGAGAGGCCUACCCUGCCCUCCCCGGCCGACUGGAGCGAGUUCAUCCAGGCCUCUAACAGCAAGGUGGAGAGAGACCUGGCCCAGCUCACCCUGUCCGACCCCGAGCAGAGGGAGCUGUACGAGGCCGCCCGUCUGGUCCAAACUGCCUUCCGCAAGUACAAGGUACAGGUCCGGGGCUGAGGUACCACACACAGUAACAUACCUGCUGUACAAAAAAAAUGUACAGCAUUGUUAUUAGGACUACCACUGGCACUCUAUGUUGAUGUGGUGUUGACUUUAAUGUUAUCAGGUGAAAUGUGAAGUUAUUAAUGGGUCCCUUCAAUCUAGAAAGGUUGCUAUAUAACAAAACUAUGUCUUGGUUUGUGUCGGAGUGUGCUGAGUGCACAAGACACUAUCUAUGCUCACCCAGUAAUCGUCAAUGGAUUAUGUUAAUUAACACUCAUUUGUUAUCCCAUCUUUCUUUCUCUGUAUCUGUCUCACUAAGACACACUCAAACUCUGUGGUCCCUGUGGUUUCAGCAUGGGCAAAGUUUGCUUUGAGCAGAGCAUGGCCUUGCUUUAAGGAACGACUGCACUGCUCCCUCUUCCCUGCUCCCUAUAAGCUCCCCCCCCCCCCCCCCCCUCUCUCUCUCUCUCUCUCUCUCUCUCUCUCACUCUUUAAAUAAUGUGUGUGGUGCCCGCUGCUGCCUGUUCUUAACCAGCUCCACACACCCCGCCCAGCCUCCCCUCCCCUCGCCCCCGCCCGCCCCACUUCCUCACCUUGCUACCUACCCCCCAUAGCUAGCUAUAAUGAAUUUCCACGUCUCAAACUGUUCGCUGUCGUUCACAGUCAUCUGUUCUCCCCCUCUGACAGCUGAGACUGGGGAGGAGAGCAACACUGGGCUGGCACCACCACCUACCUCUCUCUUCUCCCAUCCCAGGAUGGAGCCUCUCCCCCAGCGUCCUCAACCCCAGGUCCUCCGUCUGUCCUCCAGACAACCAGGGCCCUGGGCCCAGGAAGAGACCUCAGGGAGCAGUGGCUCUCUAUAAUAGACUACUACACCACUUCCUAUACUCUGACCUCUGACUUCUCCUACUCUACUCUCUCACAGGGACGCCCAUUCAGAGAGCAACAGGAAGUAGCUUCGGCAGUCAUUCAGCGUUGUUACAAGAAAUACAAACAGGUAAGCUGGGCACAGUUAGCCCCUUACAACACACAUGCAUGUUUGUACAUAUUACAUUACCUUACAGAUAAUGGUUAGCGUUUCACUUUAUUCAGUUUAGUCCGUUUUUCUAGGCUCAGGCUGAUCCUUGUUCAUGCCUGUUCAUGAUUCACAAUCUCACAUUUUCUUUGUUUACAAGCUAACAUGGAUAGCCUUGAAGGUAACAUCUUUUCACUGUCUUUUCUUUUUAUUAAUUCCUUAUUUUUAGGGGUUAAAAUGUCACUCCUUAACAAGAGUCACUAGAGACUCAAAGCCACAAGACGGUAGAACACAUUUCAAACUUUGCUUGUUUUUUUUUCACUGUCUAAGAUUACUUACAAUACAACCUAGCUUCACUUGAUUAUCACACUUGACUUGGUUAUAUUGAUACUCAUAACCUACAUCAGCUCCUUUCCUAAGUCCAGUAAUAUUCACACUAUAUUUGGCCAACCUAAACCUUACAAUGUUGGCUAGUCUAUUUUCCUUUCCAGCACAGUUCCAGCAACUAUAGUGAAUGCCUAACCAGGUCAGCCUGGCUUCGUUUGGCCAUACAGUGGCUUGCAAAAGUAUUCACCCCCCUUGGCAUUUUUCCUAUUUUGUUGCCUUACAACCUGGAAUUAAAAUGAUUUUUGGGGGGGUUGUAUCAUUUCAUUUACACAACAUGCUUACCACUUUGAAGAUGCAAAAUAUUUUUUCUUCUGAAACAAACAACAAAAACUUGAGCUUGCAUAACUAUUCCCCCCCCCCCCAAAGUCAAUACUUUGUAGACCCACCUUUUGCAGCAAUUACAGCUGCAAGUCUCUUGGGGUAUGUCUCUAUAAGCUUGGCACAUCUAGCCACUGGGAUUUUUGCCCAUUCUUCAAGGCAAAACUGCUCCAGCUCCUUCAAGUUGGAUGGGUUCCGCUGGUGUAUAGUAAUCUUUAAGUCAUAUCACAGAUUCUCAGUUGGAUUGAGGUCUGGGCUUUAACUAGGCCAUUCCAAGACAUUUAAAUGUUUCCCCUUAAAUAAUAUAAUAUAAUAAUAUGCCAUUUAGCAGACACUUUUAUCCAAAGCGACUUACAGUCAUGCAUGCAUACAUUUUUACGUAUGGGUGGUCCCAGGGAUCAAACCCACUACCCUGGCGUUACAAGCGCCAUGCUCUACCAAUUGAGCAACAGAGGACCACUCGAGUGUUGUUUAGCAGUAUGCUUAGGGUCAUUGUUCUGCUAGAAGGUGAACCUCCAUCCCAGUCUCAAAUCUCUGGAAGACUGAAACAGGUUUCCCUCAAGAAUUUCCCUGUAUUUAGCGCCAUCCAUCAUUCCUUCAAUUCUGACCAGUUUCCCAGUUCCUACCGAUGACAAACAUCCCCACAGCAUGAUGCUGCCACCACCAUGCUUCACUGUGGGGAUGGUGUUCUCAGGGUGAUGAGAGGUGUUGGGUUUGCGCCAGACAUAGCGUUUUCCUUGAUGGCCAAAAAGCUCAAUUUUAGUCUCAUCUGACCAGAGUACCUUCUUCCAUAUGUUUGGGGCGUCUCCCUUUUGGCGAACACCAAAUGUGUUUGCUUAUUUUUUUCUUGAAGCAAUGGCUUUUUUCUGGCCACUCUUCUGUAAAGCCCAGCUCUGUGGCGUGUACGGCUUAAAGUGGUCCUAUCGACAGAUACUCCAAUCUCCGCUGUGGAGCUUUGCAGCUCCUUCAGGGUUAUCUUUGGUCUCUUUGUUGCCUCUCUGAUUAAUGCCCUCCUUGCCUGGUCCGAUAGAUUUUAUAAUGGAUUUAAUGGUGCGCCGUGGGAUGUUCAAAGAUUCAGAUAUUUUUUUAUAACCCAACCCUGAUCUGUACUUCUCCACAACUUUGUCCCUGACCUGUUUGGAGAGCGCCUUGGUCUUCAUGGUGCCGGUUGCUUGGUGGUGCCCCUUGCUUAGUGGUGUUGCAGACUCUGGGGCCUUUCAGAACAGGUGACAGAUCAUGUGACACUUAGAUUGCACACAGGUGGACUUUAUUUAACUAAUUAUGUGACUUCUGAAGGUAAUUGGUUGCACCAGAUCUUAUUUAGGGGCUUCAUAGCAAAGGGGGUGAAUACAUAUGCACGCACCUCUUUUCCGUUAUUAAUUUUUUAGAAUUUCUUUGAAACAAGUUAUUUUUUCAUUUCACUUCACCAAUUUGGACUAUUUUGUGUAUGUCCAUUACAUGAAAUCCAAAUAAAAAUCCACUUAAAUUACAGGUUGUAAUGCAACAAAAUAGGCACUGUAUAGUGUGAAUCAGACAAUAGAUGUGUGCAUUUGAGGCCAUCGUUUGGGUCUUCCCAACCCCUUGUUCCUCUCUGGUCCUUUCUGUGGCAGUAUGCACUUUAUAAGAAGAUGACGCAGGCCGCCAUUCUUAUCCAGAGUAAGUUCCGCAGCUACCAUGAGCAGAAGAGGUUCCAGCAGAGCAGGCGGGCGGCCGUGCUGAUCCAGCAAUACUACCGCAGCUACAAGGAGUUUGGCAGGCUCAGGCCCCACCGCCGAGGAGCCGCCACCGCCCUGGUGCAACACAAACUCAGGUAUGUAUACACACUGACACACUCUGAUGCAACACCCAACACACACACACUGACACAUACUGUACACAGCAACACAAACCCAGGUAGGUAAACACACACAUCAACACACACUCACACACACACUCACACACAAAGUAGCUACCACUCACACUGACACACAGCAGCACAAUUAGCUAAAUGCACUGACACACACACACACACAGCAACACACACUCAGGUAAACACACAGUAACACACACUGACACAUACAGGAGGCUGAGCCUCAUUACAGGAUGGUUAUGCCCUUCUCCACUUAACCUUGCAGACUUAACUUGGGGAAAUCCAUUUGUAAUGGAUGAAAAUCUGCAGUCCCAUUUGCAGUCCCAAUGGUCAUAGUGUCCUCCUGUGCUCAUGCAUAACUGAUUUAGAUUUUAAACAUACAAGUACUGUACACGUGUAUAAAUUGAUGAAGACACUAAGGCUGUGUUUACACAGGCAGCCCAAUUAUUAUAUUUCUGUCCACUAAUUGGUCUUUUGACCAAUCUCAUCAGGUCUUUUCUUUCACAUCAGAUAUUUUUCAAGCUGCUCUGAUUAGUCAAAAGACCAAUUAGUGGAGAAAAAAAAUCUGAAUUGGACUGCCUGUGUAAACGCAGCCUAAGGCUCUUGAGGACUGGAGAGGACACUACCCAUGCUAGACAGAAUCUCCAAAAUAAAUGAAUGGUUUAAUUUUAGAACUAAGCUAGCUCCACACAACCACAGUGUAUUUUGUUUACUGGGGACCCUCUAAAAAGCCAGUGUUCCCUGUUGUCUUGUGUCUUAUAGAAGUAGUCUGCUCACUAAGAGGCAGGAUCAGGCUGCCAGGAAGAUCAUGAGGUUUCUACGCCGCUGCCGCCACAGGUAAGCCCCGCCCACAACACUAACUUGUGGGUUUUCAAAUAUGUUUGUUAUAUUCACACACAAACACACAACCAUUCAGGGUAGGGAUUUGCUAGAUAUACUGUAUGAAUGUUUUACUACACAUUAGAUGGCAAGAAUGAGUAUGAACAGACAAGUUCUCUGUUUUCAUUUCUCUAUUUUAUUUAUUUUUGGGAUGAUAAAACGGGUUGGGGGGUUUUAUAUACAACACUUCAGAGACUCCUCUCCUCUCCUCUCCUCUCCUCUCCUCUCCUCUCCUCUCCUCUCCUCUCCUCUCCUCUCCUCUCCUCUCCUCUCCUCUCCUCUCCUCUCCUCUCCUCUCCUCUCCUCUCCUCUCCUCUCCUCUCUCCUCUCCUCGCCCACCCCCUCUCCUCUCCUCACCCCCCUACUCUCCUCUCCUAACCCCCCUUCUCUCCUCUCCUCACCCCUCUACUCUCCUUUCCUCGCCCCCCCUACCUCUCCUCUCCUCGCCCCUCUACUCUCCUCUCCUCGCCCCCCUACUCUCCUCUCCUCGCCCCUCUACUCUCCUCGCCCCUCUACUCUCCUCUACUCGCCCCCCUACUCUCCUCUCCUCGCCCCUCUACUCUCCUCGCCCCCCUACUCUCCUCUCCUCGCCCCUCUAACCCUCCUCUCCUCCUCCCUCGCCCCCCUUCUCUCCUCUCCUCUCCUCGCCCCCCCUUCUCUCCUCUCCUCGCCCCUCUACUCUCCUCGCCCCUCUACUCUCCUCCUCGCCCCUCUACUCUCCUCUCCUCGCCCCUCUACUCUCCUCUUCUCGCCCCCCUUCUCUCCUCCCCUCGCCCCUCUAAACGCUCCUCGCCCCUCUACUCUCCUCGCCCCUCUACUCUCCUCUCCUCGCCCCUCUACUCUCCUCUCCUCGCCCCCCUACUCUCCUUUCCUCGCCCCCCUACUCUCCUCUCCUCGCCCCUCUACUCUCCUCUCCUUGCCCCUCUACUCUCCUCUCCUUGCCCCCCUACUCUCCUCUCCUUGCCCCCCUACUCUCCUCUCCUUGCCCCCCUACUCUCCUCUCCUUGCCCCCCUAAUCUCCUCGCCCCCCUACUCUCUUCCCCUCGCACCCCUACUCUCCCCCCCCCUUCCUUUCCUCACAGUUCCUACUUGUGCUAAUAGCUGUCUGGUAUUGUUUUGCUGUUUAUGCGAAGCCCCUUGAUGGACCAUAGACUGUUCAAGCGGGUGAGUGCAGCCUCAGCAACUCAGUUCGUGCUUCUCUCUCCUCCCUGUCUACACUGUAUGUCUCUGCCUCUCUCAAUCUCUCUCUCUCUCUAACAAUAGUUUUAUCUGCUGAGUCCUUGCCUUCAUCCACUCUCUCUCCCUCUCUUUUUCUCUGUCUUUCACUUUUUCUCCAUCCAUCUCUCCCUUCCUCUCUCUCUCGCUGUCCUCCUCCCUCUAUCUUGUCCAUCACUGUUGCUUGAUGCCUGCUUGCAUGAAGGCUGCCUACUGGAGCCACAGGUGGACUGACUGAGAAGCUCAGACUCAGAGCAAAUUUAACUUUACUCUUAUUAAACUAACUAACCACUGCUUUUGAAUGACUAUGUCACCGUAACACUUAACAGGCACCUCUUUCUCCCCUCUGGAAAUUACUUUUAUGUUCAUUAUUACAUGUUUUGUUUUGUGUGGUUAUGAAGAUGCCUAUUCACAGAACGGAAGGUUGUUUUUUUCGAUCAUGUUUACUGUGUUGCAUGACCGGUGACAAUUCUAUGGGCCUUGCUCUUUAAAAUGUACCCCCAGGCAUGCAAUGGAACGGAUGUUCUCUCUCAAACAGCUGCGCCCCACAUGACACAGAAGAGGGGGGUAUGACCCCCCUUGGGUUUUGUUUACUCAAAAUGUCAAAGCUCCUCUAGGCAUUGCAUUGGGAGCUCUCACUAGUUCAGGGCUGCUAGUUCACUGAAAAUAUUCAAGAAACUGUGUGUCUGUCUGACUACUACUCCAGAAAGACUUUGGGCAUAUUGACAAAAAUACCCAUAUGACAGUUAUCAUCAGCCACGUCAUCUGUAUGAAUCACAGACACUGUAGAUCAUCUUCUGAGAAAAUGGGGCCUUUUGAAUUUAUCAUUUUACAUUUAAGUCAUUUAGCAGACGCUCAUAUCCAUGUCGUUUUUGCCUUAAGUAACCAUCUGUUUUAUGUAACCAUACCAAAUGUAACAUAUAAUACUAAAUGGAGUCUCUCAUCUUUACGUACAGAAUAAUACGAAAUGCUCUGAGACCAGGUUGGGGUAUGUUAUACUGUAGAAUAUGGGUCACUGUGCUUCGAGAGCAGGUGAGGUAGCUAUAGUACUAUAAAGAUGUGAUAGCAUGCAUGUUUGUAAUGAUCUGGGUUACAGUGUUGUGAUAGCACAUACAGGUUAUUGUCAGACUAGCAGUACAGCUCCAGAGUGGCACAGCGGUCUAAGGCACUGCAUCUCAGUGCUAGAGGCGCCACUACAGACCCUGGUUAGAUUCCAGGCUGUAUCACAAUCCGGCCAUGAUUGGGAGUCCCAUAGGGCGGCGCACAAUUGGCCCAGCGUUGUCUGGGUUUGGCCGGGGUAGGCCGUCAUUGUAAAUAAGAAUUUGUUCUUAACUGACUUGCCUAGUUAAAUAAAGGUAAAAUAAAAAAACAACAGGGAGUUAGAACAGCAGGAGUUGUACCGGUAAUGGAUUCACACCUCAGGGGAACAACAUCUCAGACUGAGAGGAAGAGGAUGUAGCACAGUGAAAACACUAAACCUAUAUAUACAGCACCGUGGGGGCUCACCACUAAGCUCAGUGAUACCAGGUAAAGGACGUUGGGGUUAAAUACAGUACAUGUAUAACCUCAUGUAAAAUGGACUGCAUUGUCCCCAAAUUGUCCACUCGUCCUGUUUACCUAUGAGGAAAGGAGCUCUCUCAACAGCAGUGUAGAGACCAAAGGCAGGCAGAGAAUAUACACCAGUCCCAGUGUUGUGGUCAGUAGUACAAUUACCACAGGGCAAUGUCUAUUGAUUAUGAUAUGGAACAGUAAUUGGCUAGUGACUUACAGUCAGAUCUACUGAGUGUAUUGUAUAUCCUGGGGUAUAGUGUAGUGUUUGGACAUGGUUCACAAGUGGAAUGCCAAGGUAAUGUCAGUUUCCAAUACAAGUUUGGUUAGGCUAUUGUAGUCUAAAUAUAUCCAUUACAUUUUCACAAAUUCAAUGCCUUCAAUUUUCAGUUGUGUUUGUAGUUCAUCAUUAAUUGACACACAAUUCUUGAGUAAUAAAGUCAUUUAUUUGGUGUAUAGCAAUAUUCCAAAUACAAACCAAUUAGUAAACCUCUGCCUGCCUUGAGGGUCUCUUUCAGCCCAACAAAUAUUUGGUGGACUUGCCAAGGGACUCCUGUUUCCUCGCUUGAGAUUGGUUUUGGAGAGAGUUGAAUUAUCAAGAGACCUUUUUUCAAUCACAUUAGAUUCUCAAGAGUUUAAAAGUAAAUCAAACUGCUUUAAGAACCAUUCUCAAGUUUCAAAGUUAGUUGACCUAUUAGAAUAUAAAGUAUUGAAGGAAUGGGUUCAGUGAGCGAUAAGACGUAGUGAUUCAACAGAAUCAUUUAGACUAGAUGAGAUCUAGUUAAAAUAAAGUUUGAUACAUGUUGAUAGUUGUCCGAUUUAUCAAUGUUUUCUUUCCAAAUCAGCUCCAGGUCCCGUUGACAAGGACUAUGUCGAUCUUCAUCUCUCUUGUCCUCUCUCGCUCUCUCUCUCGCUCUCGCUCUCUCUCGGGAAUGGUGUCCUCUCUCUCAAGGGAAUGGUGUCCUCUCUCUCUCUCGCUCUCUCUCGGGAAUGGUUUGAGACAUUAGAAUACAGAAUCAUCCAGUGAGAGAUGAUCUGUGUUGGCGGUCAUAGACCCCUGUUUAAAUGACUUCUGUCUCUCUGUCUGUGUUUCAGAGUGAAGGAAUUGAAAAGGGCCAAGGAACAUGAGAACCUUCAGAAGAGCCCCCUCACAAUG